GGUCAUCAAUUUUGAUUAUAGCAUUGCUCAAUAAACAAUUGAAAGCUUUUAUUAGCAUAAAUAAUAGCACCGAAAAUGAAUAAAAGGCUACUUAAAAAUGUUCUAGUAUGCGCAACCGCCGCCACUUGCGCCUACUUUACCGGUAAAUACGUUGAACGUCAACAAGUGCCAGAAACAGAGUGGGAAAUAAAAACGCCAGCGUUAGUCCAGCAGUUGGAGCGCCGCCCCGCAUUGCCAAUUUUUGGCACAGUGUCGGCCGCAGUACCAGUGCCAGCAGAAGAAGUGAAUCUCAAUGCCACACCAACGCGCAUUUCACAAAUCAUGAAAUAUGGUUUCCCUGGGCUGGAUCAUGUUCGUUCUUAUUCAGAUUUUGUGCUAUCCUACGAUCGCCGUAACCGCGUACCACAUUGGGUAUUUGAACAUCUCACGCCUGAGUCAGUGGCCAGAAACGAUGCUGUCGAUCGCUCAAAGUGUGAAUUCCGCGCGGAUGACAGCAUA